UAAAUUUAAAUUAAAAAUCCUCAUUGCUACAUAUUAUUUAUUUCUCACCUGUAUAUAUUUAAAACUGCGCAUACAACCAGGAAUAAAUCAGAAAUUUAUCGACGGACUACCAUUAUUCAAAUACGAUGUAAUUGCGUUUAUCGCGAGGGCAGACGCCGCUUUAACGUAGAAAUUUUUUUCGAAGGAGCGCGCGAUACGAGUCCGCAACUGAAUUAAUUACUUUCUAUGUCAAAGGUUAAUUAGAGAUUCUAUUAUGUAUUAUACAUACUAUCAACUGUUCGAGAUUCAUUAUCCAUCAUAAAAAAAAAAAAGAAAAAAAAAAAUAAAGCGAAAAGAGAAAUGAUUGAUCCCCUCUCAUCAUCUAUCCACGAGACACUCUUAAUGAUAAAAAUUCAUUUAUACAUUUAUACAUACAUAUUAUGGAGUUUGUAGAAAUCAUCAUGACAGCUUGUUGUGCGUAUAAAUACGAUCGACGAGAACCGAUCAAACUUUAGUAGAACGAGACACGUUGACCCCGUCGUGUGCUCUCCAAUUCUAGUGAACACUAUCUCGUAUAUUCGAUUCAGUUACGAUUUCUUUCGAAUAAAAAUGGAGAACGAGAAUAAUAAAAGAAGACAAUCCUCCGCAUCUGAGAAAGCGAAAGAAAUAGAGGCAAUAUACGGUCUCGUUUCCGGUAAGAACGUGCUCAUAACUGGUGGAGCUGCGGGUUUAGGAAAUGCAUUUAUGAAUCAUUUUUUGAAACACGGUGCGAAUAAAAUAACUAUAAUAGAUAUUGACAAGGAAAUCGGUGAGCGCAUAGAAGUGAGCGUAGAGAAAUCCUGCGGAGAAAAAAAGGUGCUAUUCAUUCAUGCUGAUGUUUCCAACCACGAACUUAUGACUGCGGCUUUUGAGGAAACUUUGAAUUUUAUGAAUGAUAUUGACAUUAUCAUAAAUAAUGCUGGUAUUUUGGACGAACGAAGAUGGGAAAAAGAAAUAGCAGUUAAUAUUGGAGGAAUGGUUCGUACUGCAUUAUUGGCUAUAAAAUAUUUAAGCAAAAACCAACUUGGACAUGGAGGAACUUUAGUGAACGUUAGUCAACACAUAGAUAUUAAAAGCACUGCUCAACUUCCAGUUUACACGGCCACCAAACAUGCCAUGAUUGGACUCUCACAAUCUCUUGCGGAAUCUUACCAAAUUGAAAAGACUGGUAUUCGUGUGAUAACGUUAUGUCCUGGUUUGACAGAAACUGCGCUUACAGUGGAUAGCCCAAAUAAAUUACUUUCUCGUGUUAUGAAGGCAGACUUCGUAAAAACUCUCGAUCAACUAUCAAUACAAACUCCAUAUGUGGUAGCUCAAGGUCUAAUGUCGAUCUUGAGAGUCGCAGAAUCUGGUAGUAUAUGGGUGAUCGAAAAUGGUCGAACUCCGUACGAAGUUUAUGUACCAAAUCCACGUAGUUUGCGACGUACAUAUAAAAACAAUUUUACAAUGGUUGAAACCAAAGUAGGGACAAGAGAUGGUUCUAUAAGAGAAGUUUGCGAUAAUACACUGACAGGUCUGAUGAGCUGCGCUUGACAUAACGCUGGAACAUAAAUGGCCAUGAUUAUCUGCGUUCUAGGGUUGAGAUCGCAAUGAUUUCUUUUACUUCCUUUCGUUUGAAUAAUUCCCUAGUACGAUAAAACUUAGGAAUAACAAAUAGAAAGUUGAAGUGACGAAUGAUCAAAUCGAAUUUUCUUCGAUCACUUGAAAGUAAUUGAGGAAAAGAGGUUCAAGCUACUUGGUAUUUGUUAGUCAUUGAUACAAUGUUAAGUAUUUAUACAGAUAAUGCACGCGUAUACACAUGAUGUUUUAUAUAUAAAUCAAUCGCCAUCGUAUUUAAGAAGUUUCUUAAUUAAUUAAAUUGUUAAUGAUAAUAAUGAUAUGACUUGUUUCCUUAUACGAUCAAGUCUUUUUUUUUUAUUUCUUAAAUUUUUGUUAAGUAAAUAUCAAUUUACAAGUGUUUUUACUUUUUUUUUUAUUUUUUUUUAUUUUUUUAUUUUUUUUUUUUAUUAUUAUUAUUAUUUCUGCCAAGCAAUUUAUUCACAUGUACGAAAAAACGCAAGAAUAAUUGACAAAUAUUACCCGAAUAAAUGUCUCUCGAAGUAAUUAGUGGGCUUAAAGAGUACAACAAACAUUAUUUUAUUACUUCAGUAUUAUUCAGCAUUGGGAAUCACAAUAUCCGCUGUACAAAACAAAAAUUCAUCAUCGGAAAACCACAUAUACCGUGCAUUUCUUUACACGAGUAAUGCAUAAAACUUAAAAGUUAUAUUUCUUCUUUCCCCAUAUUCCUUUCUAUUUUACUUAUCUUUAUUCAUAUAUGAUUUAUACUUUUUUUUUUUUGUAGUUUUACCUUACUUUGCAACUUUACUGAUAGCUUAUGGAGGUUUUCAAUUUAUAUGCAACUAAAUCUCAUGUUAUGUAUGUAUAUAUCUGUAUACGUUUGGGACUCCAUACGAGCCAUAAGAAAAUAACAGUCGCAAAUAAUAUACUUAUUCUGCCUUU